UACGUCGAUCGCAAGAAAGAGUUCUUUCCCUUGGCUAAGUGUUGGUCAUGUGAUAAGGCACAUCCGGGUUACUUGUUGGUAAGGACAAACGAACAGUGUGGUUGCAUUUCUUCUCACGCUUAUUUGGGGAUUGCUGCUUCUAAACACAUACAGUUUCGAAAAUGUCUGAUUCUAAGGAAGAGAAGGGAGAGGAGGAGAAGGUAUACGGAGGGUGCGAAGGUCCAGACGCCAUGUAUGUGAAGCUUAUUUCAUCGGAUGGACAUGAAUUCAUUGUCAAACGCGACCAUGCACUGACCUCUGGCACUAUCAAAGCCAUGUUAAGUGGGCCAGGGCAGUUUGCAGAGAAUGAAACAAAUGAGAUAAACUUCAGAGAGAUUCCAUCACAUGUACUGCAGAAGGUGUGCAUGUACUUCACAUACAAAGUGCGCUAUACCAACAGUUCAACAGAGAUACCUGAGUUUCCUAUUGCUCCUGAGAUUGCCCUGGAACUUCUAAUGGCUGCAAACUUCUUGGAUUGCUGAAGCUGUUCUGGAAUUAAGACAUUUAUUUCAUGAAACCUUAGCUUAACAGGCUGUAGUUACAAAGCAUUUGUUCACCUGGCUUUGUGUACAAUUUCUGUUGUCAGUGUACUUCAGUUCAUCAGAUACCUUCCAAUUAAUUAUUACCAUCUGAAGGUGUGUUUUCUGCAGAUCACUAUUAUGCACUUUUAGGUGCAGCAGAGUAAAAGAGUGCUUCCUCAUACUCACAAAAUAGUUGUGUGAUCUAGUCUUAUACUGCAAGCAGGACAGAGCAAUGGUUGUGAGCAUUUUAUUAUUGAGGAGUGUGUCAUCAAUUCUGCUAGUUUUUAAUGGGCCCUUCAUUCUGGUGACAAGAGAAUUUAACUUGCCAGGAAAGCUUAAAGAAGAUAGGAGAUAAAGAGAGUGUCCUUUGUCUUACUAAAAAUAGACAAAUGAUCAGUGUACUUGUUUCAGAAUGUUGUAUUGCUGUUGAAUGGUUACUCGUGCUAAUAAUAAUCAGUUUGAUCUGCAAAGCUUACUGUACUGUUGCUGAUUAUUAUUCCAGAAUUCAGAAUCCUGCAUGCUAGCAAACAAUGACUGAUGAAACUGACAAUUAUUUGACUAUUUUGGGCUCUCAUUUCUGCUAUGUUGUAACUUUUACACUAUCGCAGGUGAAUGCCACUGGACAGCAUACUCUACAUCCCCUUUAUGCGUUUUAAUUUCCCUUGUUUUCUGUGUUUAUAUCUGGAAAUUUUUAUUUCCGGUCUCCUUUUGUUAAGGAUAAUCCACCUAGUUGGUUUGUGCAAGCAAAAGGAAUUUGACAUUGUAACAUAAAUAAAGUGGAAAAUGUUUUGUAAAAAAAAA